GAACAUCCAGUCACUCUAGGGGGGCUUCCCGUGAGGUAUUAUGCAAUGGCAAUGGUUAACGAUCCAAGAAUGAUGGGCCCCAGGGUGGUUUCCCCCGCACCAAAAUUUCCCCACACUGGAAGAUCAGAGCCGUUGGAUCUUUUCCUUCUCUGUGGUUGAACGUGGAACAUCGCUGUAUUUUCUCGCCCAUCUAUUCGCGGCCCACGAAUCCAAGGGUUGACACCCGCUGAGCUCUAUGUACAGGUUCUAUUCACGAUGAGGCUAUCACAUCCGGACGCUGUUUGGCUAGUGCCGCUGCCACUAGCCAGGGGUUAUUGGUCGUGCUCGGUGGCUCCCACCAUGAUGAAUGUGUUUCAUCCACGCUCCAUCCAUUUUUUAAGAUAAUUUUAUCGUAGGAUCCCACAAAAUGAGUUAGAUCCAAAUCUCAAGUGGACCACAUCGCAAGAAACAGUGUUGAUUGAACGCCCACCGUUAAAAACUUUUUGGUGGCCUCGUAAAUUUUGAAUGAAGCUGGUAUUUGAUUUUUCGCUUCAUCCAUGUCUAUACGGCCUAAUCAACAGGAUGGAUGUCAAAUAAACAUUACAGUGGGCCCGAUAAGGUUUUUAAUGUUGGACAUUCAAUCACUACUGUUUUUCUGUGGUGUUGUUCACCUGAGAUUUAGAUCUGCCUCAUUUUUGGUAUCAAGGCCUAAAAUGAUCAGAAAAAAUGAAUGGACGGCGUGGAUGAAACACAUACAUAAUGGUGGAGUCCAUAGAGCACCGACCAGUAGCCACCUGGCUAGCUAGUGUCAGCAUCACUAGCCAAACCGCGUCCAUCAUAUCCGCAGUAUGGACGGGCUACCAUGAACCCCACCCACCUAUUCCAAUCCAGGAAAAAAAAAUAAAAUCCAUCACAUCGGUGGGCCCCACCUAGGGGCAUUUUGGUCAGAAGGUGGUUAAUGUCAACCCCAACCUAAAACUCUUGUGGUAAGGGUGAGUGGCAGAUACCCCUCAUUUCCCGGGGCAAAUAAGAGGCUCUCAGUUCCCCCGCCAAAACCCCCUAACAGAAAAAACAGAAAUUUGAAAAAAAUAGGAAAGAGAGAUACAUGUCUUUUCCCUUUUCCCACUUCCUCUCUCUUCUCUCUCUCUUCCCCUCUGCCUCAGAUUACAAUGCAAGCCUCUGGCUGCCUCUGUCUCAUCCUCUCCCUCUUCCUCUCUCUCUCCACCUUCUCCUCCGCCCUCUCUGAUGCCGAGGCCGCCUUCAUCACCCGCCGCCAGCUCCUCAACCUCCCCGAGAAUGGUGAUCUCCCUGAUGAUUAUGAUCUCCAGGCUGAUGUCAAUCUAGAAUUUAAAAAUCCCAGGCUCCGUAGAGCCUACAUCGCCCUCCAGGCAUGGAAGAAGGCCAUGUACUCCGACCCAUCUCAGGCCACCGCCAAUUGGGACGGCAUCGACGUCUGUUCCUACAAUGGUGUCUUCUGUUCAUCGGCCCUUGACGACCAAUCGCUCGAGGUGGUCUCCGGCAUCGAUCUAAAUCAUCAAGAUAUCGCCGGGUUCCUCCCUGCUGAAUUGGGACUCCUCACUGACAUUGCCCUCUUCCACAUCAACACCAACCGCUUCUGCGGAAUUAUACCCAAUAGCUUCUCCAGACUCUUGAUCCUCCAUGAACUAGACAUCAGCAAUAACCGCUUUGUUGGCCCGUUCCCGAAAGUGGUCAUCGGGCUCCCGGCGUUGAAGUUCCUCGAUGUCCGGUUUAAUAAUUUUGAGGGGGCUCUGCCUCCAGAGCUCUUUGACAAGGAACUUGAUGCUCUGUUCUUGAAUGACAAUCGUUUCAGUUCUCACAUUCCAGAAAAUCUUGGGAACUCGCCGACAUCUGUAAUUGUUUUAGCCAAUAAUAAUCUCGGCGGCUGCAUUCCAAGUAGCAUUGGAAAGAUGACGAAUACUUUGAAUGAGAUUAUCAUGUUGAAUAACGGCCUUGAAGGGUGUCUACCACCUGAAAUUGGGAUGUUGGCGAAUACGUCGGUAUUCCAUGCCGGAUCGAAUUCAUUGACAGGGGUUCUUCCGAAGAGCUUCUCUGAAUUGAAGUCUGUCUGGGAGCUGGAUGUCUCAAAUAACAUGCUGACUGGGUUCGUGCCAGAGAGCAUCUGCCAUCUGCCGAACCUGUCAAACUUCACGUUCUCGUAUAAUUACUUCAAUGGCGAGGCGAAGGACUGCGUGCCAUCAUCGAGAUCAGACAUCUAUCUUGAUGACAAAAGCAACUGUCUGCCGGACCGCCCUCAGCAGAAGACUGCAAAGAUGUGUUUACCGGUGGUGAGCCGCCCAGUCGACUGCACUAAGUCCAAGUGCGGAGGCGGGGGACCAGGUGGUCCAUCACCUCCAUCGACGUCUCCGACUCCUUCGCCUAUUCCUGUUCCAGUGAUACCACCACCAACACCCUCCCCCCCUCCACCUCCAGAAAUUCCGUCACCGACCCCAGCUCCAGUGACUCCACCACCUGCUCCGGUUAGCUCACCGCCACUGCCCCCUAUCCAAUCACCACCUCCACCACCAACCCCAGUAUACUCACCGCCCCCUCCCCCAGUCGAGUCGCCCCCGCCACCAGCCCCAGUCAACUCACCACCACCACCACCACCCAUCGAAUCACCCCCACCACCAGCCCCAGUCUACUCACCACCACCCCCACCCCCAUUUCAAUCACCCCCGCCGCCCCCAGCCAGCUCACCUCCCCCACCUGAUCUCCCACCCAUCACCGGACUCUCAUACGCCUCGCCACCCCCACCCAUUUAUCCAGGCUACUAACCACCCUCUCCAUUUUUCUUCCAUUUUUUCAAGUCUCCAAAAACACCCACUUCUGCUACUCUCACCCGAAACUCUCUCUCUCUCUCUCUCUCUCUCUCUCUCUCUCCAAAAUAGAACUGCUGAAAAGACAGGAACAUGUAAUUCCAAUAGAGAGCAAAAAGCAUAGAUGGUGAUAUUUGAAAUCUCUUGCUCUGUUUUCCCACUAUCCCUUCCUAUUUCUAUAUGAUUGUAUGCAAAUAAGCCUCUGAAGCUGUCUCUCUGCCAUCUUUGUGCAUGUAAGCAUGCAUGAAUAUAUAUUUUUACGUGGGAAAUCCUUGUAAUUUUUAAAUCUUUCUUUCAUGCCAGCCAUGAGUAAUACAAUGUAGGAAAGGUUCUUGUAAAAGUACCAUUUUGUCCCUUAUUCCUUGUUGACAUCUUGGGGCAUUUCAGAGAUUGUGCUUGAAAGUGUUGCUUGGGAAGAGAGAGGAUUUGGGUUUGUUUAGUACAAGUUAAGAGGCUUAUUCUAUUAUAAUUUCCAAAAUGCUCUGUUCUUCUUCUUUUUUUUUUUCCAUUAGGGGAUUAAUAUUAUGAGAGAAGAUCCCAUGCUAUCGAUAUUGCUAAAUGCGAUGCACAUCUAUGAGAUCUGGACCUUUCAUCUACUGGGCCCUACGAUGGAUGGGGCAUACCCCGAAAGAUACAACAAUCGGGCGAUCCUAUCGCUGAUUUUAGGCUCGUGGAAAAUCACAAACAGGAGGUUAUGAAAUAAAGCCUGGGCAACGGUUGAUGAUUAAUGUUUGAUGGGCAAAAAUCUUCCAAGGCAUGAUUUUUGUAAUGUAGACCGCAUAUGCACAGAUCG